AUGCGUGUUAUGGUGACUGGUGGAUCUGGGUUGUUGGGCAAAGCCAUUGAGCAUGUGGUGCUGCAUGAAGGAGGGAAACUGGAAGGGGAAGAGUGGUUCUUCUUGUCCUCUAAGGAUGCCAAUCUUGUAGAUCUUGAACAGACCAAAGCGGUGUUCGAGAAGUAUCGACCUACACAUGUCAUCCACCUGGCUGCAAAAGUGGGAGGACUCUAUCUACACAUGAGGGACAACCUGUAUUUUCUGAGAGACAACCUUAAAAUCAACGACAAUGUUCUCCAUACAGCCUAUUGCACAGGAGUCACCAAGGUGGUGUCCUGCCUGUCCAGCUGUAUCUUCCCCGACAAAACAACUUACCCGAUUGAUGAGACGAUGAUACACAACGGGCCUCCUCAUGACUCCAACUUUGGAUACUCGUAUGCUAAAAGGAUGAUUGAUGUUCAAAACAACGCUUACUUUCAGCAGCACGGCUGUCGUUACACAGCAGUCAUCCCCACCAACGUGUUCGGCCCCUACGACAACUUUGAGAUAGAAAAUGGACACGUGCUGUCGGCUCUCAUGAACAAGACCUACAAGGCCAAAGAGGAAGGAACUCCUCUGACAGUGUGUGGCUCUGGAACACCUAGAAGACAAUUCAUCUAUUCUCUGGACUUGGGCCGCUUGAUUAUUUGGGCCCUGAGGGAGUAUGACGAAAUCAGCCCUAUCAUUCUCACUGUUGGAGAAGAUGCUGAAGUUGCCAUCAAAGAUGCUGUGGAGAUGAUUGCAGAAGCUUUCAACUUUGAAGAUGAAAUAAUCUACGACACCUCCAUGUCUGACGGCCAGAUGAAGAAGACAGCCAGCAAUGCCAAGCUACGAAGAUACCGUCCUGACUUCACCUUUACCCCUCUGAAAGACGGUAAGAGAUUCUCUCAAAGUGAAUGAUGAUUAGUCACUGUGUUUCUGUUGUUUUAAAAGAGCUGGAAAACAGAAAAUGUCCUAUAAAGUUCUUCUAGGUUUUUCAUUUGAAUUAUGUUGCAUACAGGACGACAGAGGCGACAAAACAAAUCAAUGCAGCUAAAAUUCACAAAUUUCAAAAUGCUGGCCUGUGAUAUAACAUAUGCACAAUUGUAACAAGUUUAAAAUACAUACGAAGACAAUGUGAGACUUGUAUGUGCUGCUCUACAUUUAAACCAGAGUUUGGAUUAAUAUUUGCAUGCAUCCUCAGCCCAGUAAAAAAUGAUUUGCUCUCUUUUUUUGUCCUUCCAGCUAUAAAGAUGACCUGUGACUGGCUUACGGCCAACUAUGAUAUUGCUCGGACAUGA